AUGACGCCAGUAGUCGAGACUGUCGCGCCGGUGGAGCCCGUGAAGCCCGUCGAAGAGACGCCCACCGAGGCCGACUCAACCGUCGCGGCGGUCGAAGCUGACGUCUGGAAGGUCGACCUCUGCGGCGGUUGCUGCAAGAGCGCAGGCUGCGCUGGAUGCUGCUGUCCGUGCUGCGUCGUCGGCGCCAAUGCCAAGAUGAUCCAGACCGGCAAGGUCGUCCAAGUUUGCGACGGUGGCGGUGGCCUUUGCUGCCUUCACGCGGCCGUGGGUGGCACCAUCCAGGGCGUCGCCAUCUUUGUCCUCGGCCCGUUGGCGGGUUUGGUGCACUUCGGCAGCCUCAUCGCCUGCGGCGUCCGCACCGAUCUCCGCAAGAAGUACAACAUCCAGGGCGACUCCUUCUCGGACUGCUGCAUCCACUACUGGAUCACAUGA